AUGGCAUCACUGGUUGCCAGUGGGAGCAGUCAAAUGUCUUCUUCAGUUUCUGUCCAAGAAAAAGGAAGUAGGAAUAAGAGAAAAUUCAGGGCUGAUCCACCUUUAGGAGAUCCAAAUAAGGUUAUACCUUCACUUCAGCAUGAUGGUCUCAGUUAUGAGUUCUCUGCUGAAAAAGUUGAAAUGACCCCAUGUUUUGGGCAAGUCACAGCUUCUGACUUGUGCAGUGGUAGCCACGAUUCUUCUGAUGGCUUGAAGCUUGACCUCGGAUUAUCUAGCCCUGCAAUUUCAUCCGAGGUUAGGCAUAGCCAACAUAAGGAUGAACUAGAGGCGGUUGAAUCCCAUGGGGUUGAUUGGAGUGAUCACACAGAAGCUCAGUUGGAAGAACUUCUCCUGAGCAAUUUGCAAACCAUUUUCAAGAGUGCAAUAAAAAAAAUUGUUGCUUGUGGCUACACUGAAGAUGUUGCUACAAAGGCUAUGUUAAGGCCUGGCAUCUGUUAUGGAUGCAAAGAUACUGUAUCUAAUAUAGUUGAUAACACAUUGAAUUUUCUAAGAAAUGGCCAAGAGUUUGAUCCUUCACGAGAGCAUUAUUUUGAAGAUUUAAUGCAGCUUCAGAAGUACAUCUUGGCUGAAUUGGUUUGUGUUCUUCGAGAGGUUAGGCCAUUUUUCAGUGUUGGUGAUGCAAUGUGGUGUUUGUUAAUUUGUGACAUGAACGUGUCCUAUGCUUGUGCAAUGGAUGGCGACCCUCUAAGUAGUUUAUACAGUGACGGCGUUGGUGAUGGCUGUUCUUCUGUCCAGACUGAAUCUCAAUCGAAAGUAGAAACCAAAGGUCCUGGAUUGAGUCUUCCAAGUCCUUGUAAUACAAUUCCCCUGGGUUCUCAAACUGAGAAAUCUUUUGUGGCAGAAAAUUCUCAAGUUCCCGGUGGACUCUUGGAGAAACAGGUUGCUAAUUCUGGAUUUCAUCCUGUUGACAAGUCAUCUAGUGCUUUUGCAACCUCUCAAUUUCCCCUGCUACAAGAUAAGGGUGGGAUUGUUAGAAAGGUCCACUCCAGUAGCACCAAGAGGGACUACAUAUUUCGUCAGAAGUCCAUCCAUGUGGAAAAAGGUUAUCGGACAUAUGGGUCUAAAGGGUCUUCAAGAGGAGGAAAGCUGAGUGGCUUGAGUGGUUUAAUCUUGGAUAAAAAACUUAAAUCUGUAUCAGAAUCUACUACCAUAAACUUAAAGAGUGCAUCCAUAAACAUAAGCAAGGCAGUGGGAGUUGAUGUCACUCAAGACAAUCUUAACACUUCUCGCUCAUCUAAUGAUGGACAAUCUACCCAUACUUCAUUUAGUCUGGAUCCUAGUGAUGGUAUUUCUCGUGCAGCCGAUCCUUCAUCUUCAGAACAUGAAGCAAAUGCUAAGCCUGCAGUCAGUGGCCCUCCAGAUGCAUUAUCGGCUACAGAUACUGACCUUUCUCUUUCACUGUCUUCAAAAAGCAGUUCUUCUAAGACACCUAUCUGCUGCAGUCACAAGGGUAGUUGUGUUGGGAUACCAUAUGACAAGUCUGUGGGACAAUGGUUGCCCCAAGAUAGAAAGGAUGAGCUGAUUUUGAAGAUGGUUCCGAGGGUUCGGGAGCUACAAAACGAGCUUCAAGAAUGGACAGAAUGGGCAAAUCAAAAGGUGAUGCAGGCUGCUCGUCGGUUGAGUAAGGAGAAGGCUGAGCUUAAGGCACUUAGGCAAGAGAAAGAAGAAGUUGAACGACUUAAAAAGGAGAAACAGUGUCUUGAAGAAAACACCAUGAAAAAGCUUUUUGAGAUGGAAAAUGCCUUGGGUAAAGCAGGUGGACAAGUGGACCGAGCUAAUACUGCAGUUCGGAAGCUCGAGAUGGAGAAUGCUGCAUUGAGGAAAGAGAUGGAGCUUGCUAAGUUACGUGCGGCAGAAUCAGCUACAAACUUUCAAGAUGUCUCUAAGAGGGAAAAGAAGACCCAAAUGAAGUUUCAAUCAUGGGAGAAUCAGAAAUCGUUGAUACAGGAAGAGCUAAUGACUGAAAAAAACAAAUUGGCACAGAUAUUGGCGGAAUCAAAGCAAGUCGAAGCACAAGCGGAGCAAUUUGAGGCUAAACGGCGGCAGGCAGCAAAGAAAACUGAAGAACUUCUCUCGCUGGCCAGUUCUCUAAAAAAAGAGCGAGAACAAAUUGAGGAGUCAGGCAGAGCCAAGGAGGAGAUGAUCAAAUUAGAAGCGGAGGCAGAACUGCAAAGAUACAAAGAUGACAUCCAGAAACUUGAAAAAGAAGUAGCACAAAUACGACAGAAAUCUGACUCUUCAAAAAUUGCUGCUCUAAAAAGAGGAAUCGAUGGAAGCUAUGCAGGUAGCUGGAAGGACAUGAAAAAGGGUUCAACUCUUGAUGAACCCCAGAAUGCAUCUAUUUCAGAGCUGGUCCAAAAGUUAAAUAGCUUCUCUAUGAUAGGAGGAGGUGUGAAACGGGAAAGAGAGUGCGUGAUGUGCCUUUCGGAGGAGAUGUCUGUCGUAUUCCUUCCAUGUGCUCAUCAGGUUGUUUGCACAAAAUGCAAUGAGCUCCAUGAAAAACAAGGUAUGCAAGAUUGUCCUUCAUGUAGGAGCCCCAUUCAGGAGCGGAUUUCUGUGCGUUAUAUGCGUACAUAA